AUGCUUUCUGAGGUGAAUUCACGUAUCAAAACAGGAGGUGGUAUAUGUUUAUUGCUAACAAUUAUUUCAUGUUAUUUAACGAGUCAGGCUGAUUCAUUAAUUUUAAGUGGAGCUUCUUGGUUAAAUAUAUUUGCCUUUUUCGCAAUUUUUUCAAGUAUAACUACCAGUAAAACAUGGAGUAAAAGAAAUUCACAUUAUACAUAUGGAUAUACAAGAGCUCCUGUAAUGGCUGUUUUUGCUACAUCACUAUUAGCACAGUUAUUUUCUGUUUUUUUGAUAAAAGAAUCUUUUGAACAUUUAUUAGGUGGUCAUGGAAAUAGUAUUAAUCAUCAAGAACAUCAUGAGGAUCAUGAAGAUCAUAACAGCAAUGGACAUUUAGAUCAUGAAGGAAAAUCUUUUUAUUUUUUUUGUUCUAUUAUCAUAACAAGUAUAUCAUUAUUAGUUAGUUCUUAUACUGUAAUUGGUCAACCAUUUCAUCAUGUUCUUCAAGUUUCAUCGGCUUCUUCACUUCAAGAACAUGCUGCAGAUAUAUCUCAAGCAAUUUGUUAUGUUGUUCCAGGUUUAUCAAGAUUAUUGUUACCACGUAUAAAUUCUAUGAUUCUUUUAAUAUUUGUUAAUGGUUUUUGUUCACUUUUUACACUAUUUUUUGGUCACGAUUUUGAAUGGUGCGAUUCAGUAGCAACAAUAGCAUUAUCAGUUGGUGUCUUUUCAACAACGAUGCCAUUAUCAUCUUAUACGGGAAAAAUAUUAUUACAAACGACGUCUCCACAUAUCUUAAAUCAAAUUGAUCGCUGUAUAUCAGAAGCUUCAACAGUUGAGGGUGUUUUAGAGUUAAAGUCAGCACAAUUUUGGCUAUUAGAUUUUUCACAAAUAGCAGGAUCUGUAGAUGUUAGAGUUAGAAGAGAUGCCAAUGAUCAAAUGGUAUUGGCAUUAGUAACUGAAAAAUUAAAUAAUAUAAUUAACAUAUUAACAGUUGAAAUCGUUAAGGACUCUAGUACAUCAUGGGGAUCUAUGUAUCAGUCUUCAAGUCCUGAAUUUUGUGAAGCAAAUGCUGGAGAUGUACUUUAUGUAGAGUGUAGUCAAAUAGGAUUUUAUGAUAUAAAUAAUGUUUAUUUUGGUGAAAAUAAUGAUCUAAUUAAUUGGAAAUUUAUUAAAGGUGAAGUUAAAAACGUAUCACACACAUUUGACAAAGAAAAAUCUGUUUUAAAAAUUAAAAUACCAUUUACAAGUUUAGUGACAAAUUUAGAAAUCUCAUGUUAUGGAAAUAAAGAAAUAUUUCAUAGUGAUUCUGUAGAUUAUAUCACUAUUAAAAUUAACCAUGAUGAUAUGAAAAUAAGAAGAAAAGAAGCUUUAGUAAAAAAAGAAAUGAAAACUAAAAUUUUUAAAUUAUUCAUAUUAGGAUGUGUUGUUUUGUCUUUUGACAUAAUUACAGGACUAGUAUUUUUAAUGAUAUGUAUAAAAUUCUUACGAUUGAAAAAAAAAGAAGCAAGAAAACAGGUAUUACGUAAACUUAUAUUAGAAGCCGAAAAAACUUUAAGUGAAAUAGAACUAGCAAAUACUAAAAAAAAUCAAAAACCUUCUUCACAACCUGAAAAAGCUAACAAAUUAUCAGGAAAUUUAAUUACAAAAGAGGACAAAAAUUCAAAAAAUUAG